AUGAAAGUGAGAGAAAUUGGGAGGAAGAGUCCGUCACUUAUAAGGAAGAAACGCGGUCGAGAGGCUGGAAGAGUUUUGAAUUAUCAUGAAGAGAGCUCAUGGAAGGUCUCUUUGCGAUCACAAUUUUCGGGGCAGAAUGGUAACAGCCUUGUUGUUAAUCGUGUCUUUCCAUUGCUCUCAUACCAACCACUAAUGCCAUCUUCUUCCCCGGCCUCCCACAUCGAUCAAGCAUAUAGGAGAACCAAAAAAACUACCGGGAAAGAAAAAUGGCAAAAAUAA